AUGCUCUCUGUGCGGUCCAACGCCUGCACAGGCGGCCCAUGUGCCCGCACUCAACGCGCAGCAGCUGGCGCUCGACAAUUUGACGUCGCCCCCGACCGCAGCGCCAGUCACGCCAGCCCCAACCGCGGUGCCACCAACGCCGGCCCCGACCGCGGUGCCACAACGCCGGCCCCGACCGCGUCGCCACCAACGCCGGCCCCGACCGCGUCGCCAGCGACACCAGUCCCGACCCCGUCGCCAGCAACGCCAGCCCCGACUGCGGCACCGACAACGCCGACCACGACCACAGCACCAAGGAUUCCUGGCAAGGCGCACCUGCUGGCGGGUGCCUCUGCGGGUGACACGGCCAUCGACGUGGAUUUCCCGGACGGCUUCGACACUGGAGACGAGAUCGAGAUCGCAGGCGACGGAAACUCCGAGCGCAGGGUGAUCCUCGACUUCGGCUCCGUCGUGCUCGACAGGGCGUUGGAGCACAGCUACCCGCCGAACGCCAACGUGACCAGAACCAUGGACCCUGGGGGGGGCCGACGACCUGCGGAGGACGAGGGAGGCGGCAGAGCAGGUGGCGCAGGACGAAAAGCACAAGCGG